AUGGCUGAUUAACUACUAUAAAAUGAAAAAAUUAAAGAAAUUAGUACACAUUUCCAAUAAAAGUUAAGGGACAACAUUUAGCAUUUAUAGAAGAUAUUCCACAUAUCAUCAGAAGAAUGUUCUUCACUUAAGGAAUAGCUGUUAGCAAUGAAAUAUUAUAUAGAUUAAAGGUAUACAAAAUAUCAUUCAAAAGAUGUCAGGAAUAUUCAUAGUUAGUCAUGGACAUCAAUGUUAAGGGUGAAAGUAGAGAACUCUUGAAAAAGUUGGCAGAUUUAAUAACCAUCAGUGAAUUACUAAAUGAAGGUACUCAAAUUUAUAAUAUUAAAUAAGACAUCACAUACUAUAAAGAGACAAUCUCUGCCUAAGAUCAAAGGAUUUUGUAAUUGGAAUCUGAACUAUCAAUUUAGAGACAAUUAGUCUAAUAACUUUAAAAAGACAAUAAGGAAAUUUAUGAUAAGAUGAAGUAAGAAGCAAAAGAAGAGAGAAAAGAGUUAGAAGCAACUCUUGGAGCUGUAAAAGCAUAAUUCUCUAAACUUGAAGACGACUUCUACUAAUAAAUAUUUAAUUUGGAGAAUUCAAUUAAAUAACUCAAUGUAAAAAUUGUUGAAUUAGAAACAGGGAGAGCAAGUUUAAUCAAAACAAUACAUUUAAAGGAGGAUUUAUUAAAAAAAUAAUCAAUUCAUUAUGAUACCAAGUUAACAGACUAGAAAGUCUAUUGGUAAAAUAAAUUGAGUGAAAAAACUAAUGAAUUAGAAUAGACUAUUAAGGAGAGUGUUCAGUCUUGGGAAAUUAAGUGUAAAUGUAUUUAAAAUGACUUCGAUAUAUAUAAAAGGAAUGUUUAAGAACAAAUUGAUUAAUUAAACUAAUUAUAAAAUUCAAAGGAGAAAGAUUAUGAAAGAUUGAAAGAGAAUUUUGAUAAAUUGUUGGAAGAUUAUAAAUUAAAAGAGUCUUACAUUUAAACACAUAAGGAUGAAAAUGAGAAAAUUACUGGCCAAUUAAUAAAAUAAGUUGAAAUACUUAAAGAGCUAUAAAUAAACUAAGAAUAAAAAAUUAAUACUUAAUAAUAUGAAUAUAAUAAGUUACUUUAGUAAUAUAAGGAUGGAGAUUCAAGAUCAAAAAAAGAGUAGUAACGUUAAAUUGAAUUAUUGUAAGAGAUUUCUGAAUUAAAGAUGUAAAAUCAGGAGAACUAAUUAACUAUUCAAAACUAUCAUCAAUUAAUUAAAGAAAUUUAUACAAAUGCAGCAACAUUUUUGGGAUUAGAAAUAAAGACUCAAUAGUACUAAUAAAUGCUAUAAUUCUCUUUAGAAUAUUUACUAGUUUUAAUCAGAUCUAGUCAAGAAUAAAAGUUAGAAUUUAAUGAGAUUUAGAAUAUGUAUGAAACUUAAAAUUUAGAUUUAAAAAAUAAACUGAAUAAAUAAUGUUAAGUAAAUUCAUCUUAAGAAAAACUGAUUGCAUCAUUAGAAAAAAGGAUUUCAGAAUUAUAAUUGAAUUUAUUAAAAAACAGUAUUUAAGGAUCGUAAGAUUCAUAAAAAAAGUUUAAUUAAAAGUAAGUGUCUUACUCAAUUCAUAAAUUAGAAGAUCUUUAAGUCUUUCCAAGUAUAUUAGAAUAAUCAGAUCUGAUAUAAUAGUUAAGCGAGAACAAUAGGCCAAAUGAAUAACAGAGUGAUAAGGUAGAAUAAAUUAAGACUUAAAUAUCAGAUCACAUCAUUAAAGAAGAUAAAUACACAUAGACAGAUGAUUUAGUAAUAGUGACAACAAAAACAGAAGAAAAAUCAGAUGACUAAUUGUCUGAAAAUAGUUAGGAUAUAUCAAAUACUCCAGAAUAAUCUGAGAAUCCAGAUCCAGUCCCUGAAAUAAUAGUAGAAUAAAAAGUAGUUUAAUAAAAAAGAAGAAAAACUCAUAACUUCUUUGUUCCUCAAUCAGUUCCUCUAUUGAUGGGAGUUAAAGAAGAUGAUGCUGAAGAAAAUUAGAUCAAAAAUUAAGUGUAAGCAUAAUCAAUGAAUUCAGAAUAAAUAAAUGAUGCACAAUCAAAUAAGAGUGCUAUAGAUUAAAGUAGUAAAAAUAUUAACAAUGCAAUUGAAAGUUUAGCAAUCAUAGAAGAGAAUAAUUAAUAAUAAUAAAUUGAUGAAAAUUAGGUAUAAAAUGUGGAACAAUAAGAAGUUAUAAAUGAUAACGAAGUAGGGACUGAAUAGAACUAGCAAAUAGAUGAAAAUAAACCUGAAGAAUUAAAUUAAAAUAAUUAACAGAAUUCUACCCCUUUGUUGCCAAAAUUGGAUCAGAACGAAAUAACUUUAAAGGAUUAUAUAGAUUAGUAGGCACAAUAAGAAUACGAGGAAGCGUCCAAUUUUACCAAAAAAGGAGACUUUAAUUAGGAGUUAAUCUUGUAGCAAUAAUAUAAUGAUUAUUCUUAUUCGAAAGCUAGAAAAUUAAAAUUGAAUUAAAUCAUAUAAGCUAAAAGACUUUCACAAAAGAAACAGCAUUCAAAAAAAUAUAAAUUGAAAUUAGAUACAAACUUGAAUGAACAUAAUCAUAUAAAUCAAACACCUGAAACUAUAGCAGAUACUAUAAAUACAAAGGCAAGUAGAAGCACUCAUAUUCAAACAGAAUGGUCUCUUAAAGUAACACCUUAUGCUACUUUAUAAUUCUAAUUAGAGAAUGAGUAAUAAGGAUUGUUAAUAAAUAAAGAUCAAAUUAAGGAAAGUUAAGAAUACAUAUUAUUAUAAAAGGAGUAUGGCAAAUUAUAGAAUAGGUUGGUUGACAUAGAGUAAGAGAACCUAAGGAUGACUUUAAUAAUUGAAUAUUUUUAGAAAAACCAACCUAUAUAAAAAAUAUAUCAGGAUGUUAGCUGCUUUUGUAAUUUAGAUGAAGACAUCUACGAAAAAUGUGAAUAGUUAUAUGAAUAAGUAUAGACUUUACAAAUGGAGGUUCAAAAAUUGAAUGAGACUAAAGUAGAACUGGAAUAGAAAGGAAAAGAAAUUGAGCAUUUAUAAGAUUUGAUAGCAAACUUGAGUGAUUAAGCAAUGUAAUAAAAAUACUAAAAUUUGCAGCUGAAAGAUGAGCUUCUAUAGUUGUAAGAAUAAAUUAAGUCAUUAAAUAAGUAAAACGAAAUGAUGAGUCAAUCAGUUAAUGCUUCUAAAGAGAGGGAAUAAAACACCAAGAUUAAAUUACAUUCAAAUUCUAUUGUGGUAAGAAAAGAAAUUAAGGAUAAGCCAAAACCUUUAACACCCACUAAAUCUGAUUAAAUGGAUGAUUUGAAAUAGAAGGUCUUUUAAUAAGAAAAGAUUAUUAGAUGUCUGAAUUAAUAAAUUGCAAAGAAAGAUGAACUAUUGACAUAGAAGUAAUACCAUUAGGAGAACAUGGCUUAACUUUCAUAGUUAUAGAAUGCAAAUGUUGAAGUCUAAGACUUGAGAAAAUAAUUAGAAUAAAAGAAAGAAUAACUUGCAAAGUGCUAUACUCUCAUCCAAUAUUUAGAGGUUGAAUUGGAGAAUUAUAAAUCCACUUGCAAUCUAUUUACUAAACCCAAACAACAAAAUACGGAGAGAAUUAUUAAAAGUGUUUAAGUCACCAUACCUUCUAUUCCUUAGACUAUUUAGAAAAGACUGCCCUAUCUAUAAUCGGAUGAAUAAUAUUCUACAAUAAGUCGAAGUUCAUACAAGAAGAGGUAUAUGCAUUUAAUUUAUUAUACUUAGAAACCAUUCUCUAUAUACGAAUCCAUUUGAGAACUAUGAUAUACUUAGAAACGCAGCAAAGGUUGUAAAAUAGUUAAAUAAUAAUUCUAUAUAAUUAUAAAAUGAUUGAUAAAUUUCUUGAAUAGGCGUAUUAAGGAGAGUUGCUUAACGAAAAUGCCAUUAAGUUUAUUUGUUUAACCUUGAAAGAGAUUUUUUCUAAAGAACCAAAUGUAAAAAAGAUCCCGACUCCAGUCACAAUAGUUGGAGAUGUUCAUGGGUAUUUGAAAAUGUCUAAUUAGUCAAUUAUACGAUGUUUAAGAGCUGUUUAAAGUGGGAGGAAAGCCUCCCUUCACCAAUUAUUUGUUUUUAGGAGAUUAUGUUGAUAGAGGUGCUCAUAGCGUAGAGGUCAUUACAUUGCUUUCCCUCCUUAAAGUAAAAUUCCCAAAUAGAGUUACAUUGAUUAGAGGAAAUCAUGAAACUAGAGGGAUUACUCAAAAUUAUGGAUUUUACAUGGAAUGUCAAUAGAAAUACGGGAAUACUCAGGCAUGGGAAUAUUUUACAGAUAUGUUUGAUUAUAUUCCUAUUGCUUGUAUUGUUGGUACAAAUCUAUUGUGUGUGCAUGGAGGACUGUCCCCAUGCAUAGAGAGUGUAGAUGAAAUAGAGCAUCUGAAUAGAUUCUAAGAGAUUCCUCAUGAGGGAGCAUUUACAGAUAUUAUGUGGUCUGACCCUGAUGAUGAAGAUACUCCAGGAUUUAAAAUAUCUCCAAGAGGAGCAGGCUUUGUUUUUGGAGGCUAAGUUCUUAAGGAAUUUCUACAUUUCAACAACAUGACACAUCUGAUCAGAGCUCAUUAAUUGUGCAAUGAAGGAUUCAAUUUGAAAUUUGAAGACAGAUGUAUUACUGUUUGGAGUGCUCCUAAUUACUUAUAUAGGAAUGGGAAUCUGGCUUCGAUUCUUGAGAUUGAUGAAUAGGACAAUCGUUAUUUUAAUAUUUUUAGUGAGAGUCCUGAAAACAUGAAGAAAGAUUUAGGAACUAAAAGCAUGAUGCUUGGUGCUGAUAAAAAUUAUUUU